AUGUUCUUGCUGCCUCUUCCGGCUGCCGCGCGAGUCGCCGUCCGACGUCUAGGAGUGAGGUGUCUCUGGGGCCAGGGUCUCGCAGCUGCAGCCAUGACGAAGGGUCUUGUUUUAGGAAUCUAUUCCAAAGACAAAGAAGAUGGCGUGCCACAGUUUACAAGUGCAGGAGAGGAUUUUGAUAAGUCGGUGGCUGGAAAGCUUAGAGAAAUUUUGAACAUAUCUGGACCACCUCUGAAGGCAGGCAAAACCCGAACCUUUUAUGGUCUACAUCAGGACUUCCCCAGCGUGGUGGUUGUUGGCCUUGGCAAAAGGACAGCUGGAGUCGAUGACCAGGAGAACUGGCACGAAGGCAAAGAAAACAUCAGAACUGCUAUUGCAGCUGGGUGCAGGCAGGUUCAGGACCUGGAGCUGUCCUCUGUGGAGGUGGAUCCCUGUGGAGAUCCUCAGGCUGCUGCAGAAGGAGCUAUGCUUGGGCUCUAUGAAUAUGAUGACCUAAAGCAGAAGAAGAAGGUGGCUGUGUCCGCGAAGCUCUACGGAAGUGGGGAUCAGGAAGCCUGGCAGAGAGGAGUCCUCUUUGCUUCUGGGCAGAACUUGGCUCGUCACUUGAUGGAGACACCAGCCAAUGAGAUGACGCCAACCAGAUUUGCUGAAAUUAUUGAGAAGAAACUCAAAAGUGCGAGUAGUAAAACAGAGGUUCAUAUCAGACCCAAGUCUUGGAUUGAGCAGCAGGAAAUGGGUUCAUUUCUAAGCGUGGCCAAAGGGUCUGAUGAGCCUCCAGUCUUCUUGGAAAUCCACUAUACAGGCAGCUCCAGUGCAAGUGAAGCACCCCUUGUUCUGGUCGGAAAGGGAAUUACCUUUGACAGUGGUGGUAUCUCCAUCAAGCCCUCUGCAAAUAUGGACCUCAUGAGGGCUGACAUGGGAGGAGCUGCAACCAUAUGCUCAGCCAUCGUGUCUGCUGCCACGCUCAGUUUGCCCAUUAAUAUUGUAGGUUUGGCCCCUCUUUGUGAAAAUAUGCCCAGUGGCAAGGCCAACAAGCCUGGGGAUGUCGUUAGAGCCAGGAACGGGAAGACCAUCCAGGUUGAUAACACUGACGCAGAGGGGCGGCUCAUCUUGGCUGACGCGCUCUGUUAUGCACACACCUUUAAUCCCAAGGCCAUCAUCAAUGCUGCCACUCUAACAGGUGCCAUGGACAUAGCUCUGGGGUCAGGUGCCACUGGGGUCUUUACUAAUUCAUCCUGGCUGUGGAACAAACUCUUUGAGGCCAGCAUUGAAACAGGGGACCGUGUCUGGAGGAUGCCUCUCUUUGAGCAUUAUACAAGACAGGUUAAAGAUUGCCAACUCGCCGAUGUUAAUAACAUUGGAAAAUACAGAUCUGCAGGAGCUUGUACAGCUGCAGCAUUCCUCAAGGAAUUCGUGACUCAUCCUAAGUGGGCACAUUUAGACAUAGCAGGUGUGAUGACCAACAAAGAUGAGGUUCCAUACCUGCGGAAAGGCAUGACUGGGAGGCCCACAAGGACUCUGAUUGAGUUCUUAUGUCGCUUCAGUCAGGACAGUGCUUAGUUCAGGUACUGUGGGGCAGUGGCAUGGCUCAAGUGGUGAGGUGCCUGCUUAGCAAAUGUGAGGCCCUGAGUUCAAACCCCAGUACCACCAAAAAGGAAAAGUGAUUUCAGAUGUUCCUAAAAAUCCUCUUCUGUCUUAAACUAUACAGUUGGGCUUCAGGAUAUUUUUGAAUGGAUGAAAACCUUUUAAAGAU